ACGAAUUCAACUCAUAAAAAAGAAAACCUCACAGAUUCCAAUUUCAUAGAUCCCUCCCUCUUCUAAACAAAUAUUCAUCCAUCCUUUCUCUGCCUGCAAUCAAUCUUUCAUCGUCUGUUGUUAAGAAUCAUGGCCGGAAACAGUUCUUAUGAGACAUCAUGGGCUGAUCAAUGGGACUACAACAAAGAUCCUGUUGUCUAUCAUAACAAGGACGGCAGCAGCAGCAAUUCGACUGCCAAAUACAAGCAGAAGGUUGGAGAAGGGCUUGGAAAGACCAAACAGGUUGCUUCAAUUGGGUUCAAGAAGGUGAAAGAAGGGACCUCUGUUGGCUUCCAAUGGAUCAAAGAAAAGUAUCAGAAGACUACCCAGAAACGCUAGUUUUGUCACACCAUAUAUUAUUAUGCAUAGGUUUUACCUCUCUGUACGGUCUGUUGUCUUGACAACUACUGUCUUGUUUUCUUCUUCUUCUUCUUCUUCUUUAGUCAUGGUGUUUUCUGCUUUUCCAUUCUUUUCGUUCAUUUAUCGUGUGUAUCAUAGCUAGGUCUCCAUCCAUGCUUUUUAUGUGAGAUAUCAUGUUCUAUAUAUUUUGAUUUUCCUUUCUUGUGUA